GGAUUUCUGGUUUCGAUACCUUAAAAGUAUAUCCGUGCAAUGACAACAGCAUAUCUAAGAUGGGCACUGCCUUCGCACUCUAGAUCAGCAACAUCAAGUGCCCAAUAAAUCACCAUGAUUUCCGGCUAACCAAUGACCUCAUGUGGGCAAAAUUUCGUGAAUUGGUAAAAUUUGGCUCCAACAGAAUCUAUCUACGUUUCUGACCCUUAUCGGCUUUGUCUUGCUUUGGACGCGAUGCACGGCACGCAGCGGAGAAGCCACAAGCACAAGACUUAUGGUAGAUCUUCCAGGAUCCUGCGGUCCACUUACGAGGAGUCAGAAUUCCACACCAAUUCUCACGACCGGCAAGGAAUUUCGAACAUAUCCCCCACGUCAGAUUCACCUGACCUGCAACAACCGAGGAAGAUUGAAAUCAGAGAGACAGAAGUUAAAACCCAACCUUCUGGCAAACCGGGCGAUCCUUCGAGAAACCCAUCUUUUCCAGACGAAUCUACCUGCCGUUUCCGAUCUUCCAUAAAAGACGAACCAGGCGCUGUCAAAAGAAAGCGCCACAGGUCUUCUCGUGAAAUUAGCGUCCGUAAUGACGAUCUCAGUGACGUGGAUGCCAAGAACGAAAAUACUUCCACAAAGCCUGAUAAUAAUAUCAAUUUCGGGCCUAAGAACCGUCUAAAUCAAAGUGAAAAGUGGGACGGAACCUAUGCGGCCCCGGAUUUCUCACUACAGUCUCAAUCAGAUAUGAAAAGCGGUAAUGGAGAAAUACACCCUCGGAAGAAGCUAGUGGAUUUGCUGGAUUCGGUCCACCCACCAGCUGAAUGGCCGUCUGCAUCUUUUACCAGUGACAGUGGAUCGAACAGUAUCGCAUGUACUUCGCAGUCUACUCUCACCAGGACGCGUGACAUUAUGCCCCAACGCGUUGAGGAUUCUGCUACUGUACCGGGCUUGCGAGGUCCCCCGGUUACAUAUGCACGCCAACGAUCUUUUCUAAAUGAAGUAUAUGUGUCAAGUGGUUUUGGAGAUAAAGAUGCAAAUACCAAUUCGAAGAACCAACAGCUUGAGUCUAAAAAAACCUCGUGCUUCGAUCUGGAUGCCGAUGAUGACACUGGUGCUGGCUCCGGGCCAAUUCGAAGUAUUCACGAGCUAAGACAAGCGGGUGAUAAUUCCCGCUUUCGAAGUGCAGUUGACUGUAUGUUUGAAGAUAUUGCAAACAGUGAUAACACGAACUCUACGCGAUGCAAUGGUUUUGUACAGCUCAGCUCGAAACUCUUGGACCGUCAAUUUAUCAAUCGGUUCUCUGAAUGUGGAUUUGCAGAAAGGCUUGUGGAGUAUGUGAAGUACGCCACGAACGACCUCGACAUGAUCUCUGCUUCGUUUGCACUUUGUUCCAUUGAGUUGGUGUUUUCGAGUGGCGCGUUUCCCCAAACGCAUUUAGCCAGCAUUUGGCAAAGCCUUUUGGAUCUUUCCCUAAGGUUGAUUGAUGUGGAAGAUGACAUCCUGCUUCUGAGCAAGACACGGGGCUAUGGGGUGUCGAAAGCAGUACAAAGGUCUAUACAGGAAACCGUGCCGAUGUUGUCCAAUCGGCUGCUACCAACGCUGAGUCCUCGCUCCCUAGCACUUCAAUGUAUCCGAUCCGUUCUUUUGAAUCUCCAACAGCACAACAACACCAUUGAGGCGAUGCCUACCGCAAUUCUGGAACGGUUUGUUUGUUUAUUGAUAUCGAUACAUCAUAGUAAUAUGGACUCGCCACUAUCACCGGAUGAUUGUCGAAUGGUAAUCACGAUUUUGUCAAUAUUGGAAACAUACACACUUCUCUUGGGUCCUUUACCUGUCAACCAACAGAGCGCACUGAAGCCACUUACACAGCUUUUCAAUUUUCUUCAGCCGAAGGAAUUCGAUGGUUCCAAUUAUCACAACAGACAAAUAAAUUUCCAUUAUAUUCGCCUCAUAUUGAAUCUCACCAACAAUGAACCCUCUUUUUGCAAUGCUUUUGUUACGCCUGGUCUUGUCGGGGGUCUGGUCAGCAUCAUAACCUCAGGAUUCAACAUGUCGUCUGAGGGAGGCGCAGCCGAAGAAAGAAAUUCGUUGAACAUGGUAAUACUAGCUCUUGGGACUCUAAUUAAUCUGACAGAGAAAAGCGAUAUGGCAAAAUCGGUGUUUCUCACUGCGGAAGAUCAUUAUACCUCAUUUCUUCAUUCGCUUGUUCAGAAGUUUUCGGCUAAUAUCAACCUAAUCACCGCGAACCACCCUGUUUACGAUACGCACUACAAUGUCGUUGUUGGUUACUUGUCUAUCCUCUUGGUUACGCUUUGUUUAAACCAGGAGGCAUUUUCGCAAGUAAAGGAAUUCCUUGGUGGGGAGGGCUUGGACAUAUUAUUGUCAACUGCUGAUGAGUUCCAACAAUAUUAUGAGAAAGUCGAAGAAGAUUUACGAGCACAAGGUAGUGCAUAUUCUAGUUUUACGGGCCAGUUACAGAGUAUCAUAUGUCAGGUCCGUCAGUCAGAGCGCUCUUUGUGAUGUCUGCUUUUACGUCAUUUACAAUGCAUUUAGAAAGCACAUCAUUUUGAUGUUGAUUUGAUUUUUCACACGUUUUUCUAUUUCAUUUAAUUAUAAUUGUUACAAUAAUGAAUUUAUGAUAACUAUUUUGUAAUUUAAAGCUAAAUUAAGAUAAAUAAUGCCA